CAGUUGCAGGUGUCACUCACUAGUAGAGUCUCCUGGUGCCUUGUAAAGUCAUUCAGUACACCAUUUUAAAGAGUUUUAUCUACUUUACUUAUACUGAAAAUCGCUGGCUAUUAUUAUACAUGCCAAACCCGACGAAAAUAUCAUGUUCUAAACACAAUUACAAACACACCCGUUAACACUUGGUCAGUCAGGGUUGGCGACCACAGUCCUCUACUCUAAACGUUCCCGGGCUGUUUUAUACCAAUCCUCUUAGGCUUUAUGUCUCUCUGGGGACCCGGUUUUUAAUUUCAAUCAUCCAUCCCAGUCUUUGUCUUCCCCUGGUCCUCCUACCCUAAACUUGGACCAUUAAUAUUUCUGUUAUUAACCCCUCAUCCCUACAAAGAUACAAACACCCUGUCUACAGUUGCUGCAAACAAUAAUAAACAUCUGAUAAAUACAACAGUUUAAAAAAUAUCAGACUUAUAAACAAACCCUCUACUGCCCCUGAGGAACUGUGAGUCCAUCAUGAUAGAAACAUGGCAGUUACUGGUGGUAGUAAUGGUGCUGUUAGGGACGUCGUGUGGACUGCCUUCCCUCACUCCGGAGGAGAUCCGCAGCUUACAGGUGCCCAAGCCAGUGUCUUACUCUGGGUAUAAACUGUUCCGCACCGACGUGGGUCUGGUCGACUUACCCGUCGUGGAUUCUCUCGAUAAUUCGGACGGUAUUGACUUAUGGUCACUACGCAAGAAAAACCCAGAAUACGAGAUUGAUCUCCUCACACCCCCAGACGCCGAGCAAAAGGUGCGUGGGGUGUUCAACGAAUACAACCUGACGUACCAGGAGGUGAUCGGGGACCUGCAGAGAGCCAUCAACCUUGAGCUCAGCGAGGACGAUGCAUUCUUAUGGAACCGUCCAGCUCACCCCAUGACCUGGGAGAAGUACCACUCUGUACAAGACAUGUACCAGUAUAUUGACUACCUGGAGGCACAGUACUCACACCUUGUCACCACUGAGGAAAUUGGUUUGUCCUAUGAGAACCGGAGCCUUCGUGUGGUGAAGAUAUCUACUGGACCCAACAAACCUGCUAUCUGGAUUGAUGGAGGACUUCAUGCUCGUGAGUGGGUCUCUCCUGCCACUGUCAUGUAUAUCCUCCAUCACUUAACUGAGUUCAGCUGGGAGGAACCAGACCUUGUCAGUAACUUUGACUGGUACAUUAUGCCUAUGGCCAACCCUGAUGGAUAUGAAUACUCCCGACUCCACGACCGACUCUGGCGCAAAACCCGCUCUGUCAACCCUGAGUCACCAAAUUGUGUUGGGGUGGACGCAAACAGGAACUUUGGCUUCAAGUGGUCAAUGGGCGGUUCCUCCCAAAAUCCCUGCAGUUCUACCUAUGCUGGACCAAAGCCUUUCUCUGAACCUGAGACAAGAGCCAUCAGAGAUUUUAUCCUAAGUCGCAAGGACCAGCUAAAGGUGUUUGUGACUAUCCACGCCUACUCCCAAAUGUGGAUGUUGCCUUGGUCCUACACGCUUGAGGUCUCACCCCAAUACCAAGAUAUGUAUGAUGUUGCAAAACUCGCUUUAGAUGGAUUAAAGACUGUCAACGGAACAGAAUAUUCUCUUGGUCAAGUCACAGACCUCUUGUACAUUGCUUCGGGAGCUUCAGGAGACUAUGCACACAGUGUUGGCAUCCCCUACAGCUACAGCCUCGAGCUUCGUGACCUGGGACAGUACGGCUUCAUACUACCUAAAGAACAAAUUGAACCUACAGGAGUCGAAACUUACCAAGGGAUAAAAGCCAUGGCUCGGGCCGUCUAUGACAAGCUCUUCCCACCCGUGCAAUUUCCUAUUAGUGUAAAUGAAGAGGCAACCGUCUCUAUAGAAUAAGCCCACUGAGCAUUUUACCGCAUCACACACUCAAAUCUUCUCCAUAUUGGCACUGAAAUAAGAUAUGCAGUCCAUCAUAUAUCAUAUGCUAUCUUAUUGCUAAAUGGAGGUCAUAUUAUUUAUUACAGAACAUUGACAACAAACAUGCCAACGACAGUACAGUAUUGACACAGUAAGCAUUAAUGGCUGGGUUACCGUAUAACAAUAUAAAAAACAAUUAACAGAAUAAUAUAUCAAUUUCUGCUUCAAAUUUUUUAAAAUAAAAACCUUGCAUAAUAAUUCUUCCUCCCUAUUCGGUAAUUUAUCUCAGUUGCAAGUCAUAUGAUGAUAUUCUCAAUUACUCUGCUACCCCCCCCCAUCAUGCCCCCACUACAAUACAAAUCACCCCACGUCUGCUGCCUAACCCACAUGUAGUCUCUCUGGGUAAUAAUAACUACACCCUAUUAGGUACUCAUAUUUGGCCAGGGCUUAAUUCUUGUUUAGUGAUAGCUUACAUUGCACACAUCAUUACUGACACUACAGAAUUUCCCUAUCAACUGAACACUUUACUUCACCUAUAUCUAUAUUAUUUCUCAACAAUAUCAUCACUAAGUUAUUCUAUUUAUAAUAUUUACCAUUUAAUUUAUAAUUGGUUAUUUAUCUUAUUUAUUUAUAAUAAUAGGAAACAAUAAAUGUUUAUUACAGUAUUUUGCCAAUAUUUAACUACACAGUAUAUAAGAGUUCUUACCAGGGUGGUAGAACGUCACCUGUGAACUAUGUGAGAAUUAAAAUAAACAACAAGUCAAUGAAACCGUGGUGUAAUCUGAAUUUUUAUUUAUAAACAUUACAUGAAAUACAGACUUAAGUAUGGCAUACAGUAUCACAUUUAUCAAUAAUCAUCAACAACUCCUUCCCCAAGAACUGAUCUCUCUCACUGUUACCCAAGACUGGUACUGAACAUAACCUAACCACCUUGUACUAAAUAAGAUGUUACAACUUCAAUGGAGAUGUUACUCCACAUCAACACAAGUUCAAUGAUAAAACCGACAUCAACAAGACAGGGAAGAUGAAGGAGUAAAUGUUUAGGAAUAAUUAAAAAUAAAUAAAAAAAGUAAAUUUACACUACAAUGAUGAAUAAACCACACUGGUGAUUUUACAUUAGCUUUGCACUACAAGAAUCUUCUGUAACAAUAAAAUGUGAUAAUGAUUAUUGCAACUCCUGAAUAUGCAAUGUCUCUCAAUCUCAUAUUUACUAUCACUUGAACAUUCCAUUAUAAACAUAGAUCAAUUUCUUUCAAUGGAGAACUGCUGGCAUCUUCUCCACUCAAGUAUUUUAUGUUCAACAAUUCUGAAGCAUUUUCAUAAAGUCACUCAGGACUUUCUUUUAUACCCACAGGACAUUCCAUCGUCAUAAUCAAAAUACAUACAGCCAUCAGACCUAACCCACAGAACACAAGUUACUUCACACUCAAGAACUAAUGCCCAAAUAUCGUGCUCCAAACAGACACUAUAAUAAGCAGUAGCCAUACAAGUCACAUACAUCAAAAUAUAUAAACGUAUAUUCUCAACUCACCAAGCAUUAACCUACACAUAAUUAGCGUCCUUAUUCAAGCAACUAUACACAAGACAAAUUAAAAAGAUUACAAUACAGUACACAAGGAACUGAUAAGUUGUUUCUUAUACUUACUGUACCUAACACUAGUAAUGAAGCCUUAUGUAGUAGUCAACAAUCCAUGCAAAGCAUUUCUUAGUACUGUACUUGUACAUUCAUUCCAAAAAUGUAUCUUUGCAAUUUUGUGGGACGAAAUAUUAUGAUUUAAUGGACGAAGGCUUUUGACAACCUUGCCGAGACAACGGGAGUUGCAUGUUCCUUUUGAAAUUCAUCGGACUGAUCCCUCCGUAAAGAUACCUUCGGAGCGAGUGUACAUCCAUUAUACAGUAGUGUUUUCCACAUACAGUUUCUAUUGACUGGUAUGAAUACUACAAUAAUACAGGUAUAAUGUCUUCAGAAAUGCACUUCAAUUUGUGACCUACCUAUUACCCAAUGACAUUUUAUGUCAAUUUGCAAAUUUACACAAAUUCUGUUUUAUACAGUAUAGUAAUUUGGAAAUUGUAAUGAUUUCUCUAUCAAGUGGGUUGGCAUUUUCUAUUACUGAAAGGUAUGAGAAAUUCUUUUCCCAGAAGGUUAAACUGACCAGGCAGAACAAGACCAAACUAGACCUGUACACUAGCACUCUCCAUUACUAAUAAAAUUUACUUUUCAUACUUUAGAUGACAAUCAACUCUAUUCCUUUGUCACAAUAUCCUUAGGAAUAUUUUAAUUGUUUCUUCUCACUUCAUAUAAUUAACCACAACUGAACUUCUACGAGUUCUCAAUCAGGUCAGAAAUUAGGGCAAGUUUUUCAAUGACCUUUAUCCCUGGAUGACUUCACAACUAAUAUCUCUGUUGGUUGUAAUAAUUUUCAUGUCA